CAACCAAUCGAAGUUGCUCUCUUGUGUAUGGAGAUAAUUUUGGAUUAUGGCAAACAUUUACUCAGGAAUUUAUACAAAGCUUAAAGACAGAAGUACUGACAUCAAGGAUCGCCUGAAGCUGACUAAAUUUGCUUGGUUAUCAGACAAAGUCAUUUUCCCAAACAAAGAACAAGUCCUCAUUGAUUUUCUUGGCGGUCUUCUUUUAAACAGGAAAAGGAGUAACGUGACAGAGGAUGAGACAGGUCUUGUGUGGAGGUGUCUGUAUGAAAUUCUACAGACGAAAAAAUGUCAUGUACCUGCUAAUUUCCGACACACUCUCAUCAUCAAGCCCUCCAUAAGUCAGGUCUUAUGUGACAGCAUUUUGUUGGAGUAUGAGAAGACCUCGGGCUGUACAGCAAACAUUGUAGGAUGUGCCCUAGCCAUCAUAAAGUCUCCAACCUUAUCUUACGUCUUUACUUCAAAAUAUGAUUUUCUGGUGAAGUUUCUGGGCAAUGUAUCGCUAUUAAUUGUGAGAACCAUCCAGGAUGGACGACUGGUUUCCUCUGAUCUUAUUCAGCUGUUACAGAAAUGUACAGCCACCUACAGUGUGUCUCAAAGGGCACACCCACAGCAAACAAAGGUUUUCCAGUCUGUGGUUGAACGGUUACUUAUUUCUACUUUGUUGCUUGGAAGUUUGGCAGAGAAAUGUCCAGAGCUUAAAAACUCGGUGGAGAAUCUAAAUGGCAUCCUUGAUCAGGCAUUGUUUCAUAGAGAACACCACCCUUUCUAUGAGAGUUUCCUGUCAGCUGUAGCAGGAAAAGACGACAGAAAGCACAAAAUCUCUAAGACAAUCGAGAGCCUGUUUCACUCCUUAUCAAGUCUUCUUAACAAAAAGAAGGAACAGUGGAAUGACACAGAUACUCAGAAGAUUGUCAGUCAGUACCUGGUAGCUUCUUUGACCAUUUCCUGCACAGAAUCAUGGAGAGAAAGCGCUGACGGGAUUCCACCUGUUUGUCCACAUCUGUCAUCUCAUCGGGAUCAGUGA